CCACACUCCACUCCUCGCCUUCCACUCCACACCUCGCGUCGAGCACCUGGCAAUGGCGGCUCCCGCGCCCCCGAUGCGCCCAGCCCACGCCCUCUCCUCGUGAGAUCGCCCGCGCCACCGCCCGCCGCGCUCUCUCUCUCUCUCCGCGCGCCUCUUCCUCCAGUCCGUGAGCGAGCCCUCGCGCCCGCCCGCAUCUCGUCCCCACCUCCUCCGCCCCGCGGUUCUUGGACGCACGGCGUGUGCGCGUGGCUCGCUGUUCCCGCGCGCGCCGAAUCCAGGCGCGGGAUCCGCCGGGCGGCGAGAGGGGCGCGGGAAUCUUCCGGAGGGGAGGGGAGGUGGGGGAGGCGCGGGCAAUGGCGGCCGUGGCGCCCCCGCUCUCCGCGUGGCUCGUCGCCGCGUGCUCGCCGCAGGCGGAAUGCGGCGCCGACGAGCAUCAGCACCACCACCAUCAGCAGCAGCAGUGCUGCGUUGGCGCGAUGGCGAUGUUCGGCCACCGCCGCGAGCGCCGCCGCAUCGGCGCGCGGCGGCGCGGCGCGGCGCGCUCUGGAAUGGCCAUGGCUGUUGCCCUGCAGCCUCAGAGGAAAACUGUUGAAAAGAAACCUGAUGUUAAACAAAGAAGGGUGGUUGUCACUGGCAUGGGUGUAGUAACACCGUUGGGCCAUGAUCCUGAUGUGUUUUACAACAACCUUCUGGAUGGUGUUAGUGGAAUAAGUGAGAUAGAGAGGUUCGACUGCUCCAAGUUUCCAACGAGAAUUGCUGGAGAGAUAAAAUCAUUUUCUACUGAUGGUUGGGUUGCUCCUAAGCUAGCUAAGCGAAUGGACAAGUUCAUGCUAUACUUGAUAACUGCUGGAAAGAAGGCGUUGGAACAUGGUGGACUCACUGAAGAACUCAGGAAUGAAUUGGAUAAAACCAGAUGCGGUGUGCUGAUUGGUUCUGCAAUGGGUGGCAUGAAGGUAUUUAAUGAUGCAAUUGAAGCAUUAAGGGUCUCCUACAAGAAAAUGAACCCGUUCUGUGUCCCCUUUGCAACAACAAAUAUGGGCUCUGCAAUACUUGCAAUGGAUCUGGGCUGGAUGGGGCCGAACUACUCUAUUUCCACUGCUUGUGCCACCAGUAAUUUCUGUAUCCUUAAUGCAGCAAACCAUAUCAGAAGAGGGGAAGCUGAUGUUAUGCUCUGUGGUGGUUCUGAUGCACCACUUAUCCCAAUUGGAUUAGGAGGUUUUGUGGCUUGUAGAGCACUUUCGCAGAGAAAUAGUGACCCAACUAAAGCUUCCCGGCCAUGGGAUGUGGACCGUGAUGGUUUUGUUAUGGGGGAAGGGUCUGGUGUGCUUGUGUUGGAAGAACUUGAGCAUGCCAAGCAAAGAGGUGCAAAAAUAUAUGCUGAAUUUCUAGGUGGAAGCUUUACAUGCGAUGCAUACCACAUGACUGAGCCACAUCCUGAAGGAAGAGGGAUUACUCUUUGUAUAGAAAAAGCACUGGCUGAUUCAGGAGUAGCAAGGGAAGAAAUCAACUAUGUCAAUGCUCAUGCAACGUCUACGCAAUCGGGUGAUGUGAAGGAGUAUGAAGCUAUUGUCCGCUGCUUUGGCCAGAAUCCUCAGCUAAGGGUGAACUCAACGAAAUCAAUGACUGGACAUCUAAUAGGAGCAGCUGGUGGGAUAGAAGCUGUUGCUGCCGUGCAAGCUAUAAGAACUGGUUGGGUCCAUCCGAAUCUGAAUUUGGAAAACCCAGAGAAAACAGUGGAUGUUGGUGUGCUGGUGGGAUCAAAGAAGGAGAGAUGUGAAGUGAAUGUGGCACUAUCAAACUCAUUUGGAUUUGGUGGGCACAACUCAUCAAUCCUGUUUGCACCCUUUAAGUGAACUCGGCCUACAAUUGCUUGCUCCCUCCCUCAAACGUCCAACUGCGCCAUGGAACCAGAACUGCGUAUACAAGACUAGCAAGCAAGUGGAUUCAUGGCUUAUCCAAGCUAUGAACUUUGAAUGUCUACAAGCUGGAGAAGAGCAUUGUGCCAUACAUAAUAGAGUGAAGAAAUCAUAAAGGCCAUUUCCAUGACAACUGCUAGGUUCAUUUGUACCACCAUUGCAAAUAUACAUCCUUAGCAAAGGCCUGGUUUUUCCUUUCUCAAGUGAAGAAUCUGAUGUAGUCUUAUGAUCUGCCUAUGUUAUUACUUUGUUCAUCUCAUCCAGGACUCUGUAAACUACCUGGGCCAAGUCUUUUUCUCCUCGCCGUCUCAGAACCCUUCUCUACAACAUUUGGCACAGUCGCAUACUUGAUGAGAGCGAGGAUCCUUGGCAGUACAGAGGUGAUGUGAUUUGGUGUGUUGUAUUGAUGUCUAUUAGUGACUCUGGCUAUUCAUGUUAGCUGUGAAAAGGAAUGCUGGUUUCUUGUAAGCUGUGAAAUGCUGAACCUUUCUGAACUUGCUGAAUACACAUGCUUUGCUAUGGCCUAUGGAUAAAAAGAGAAUGUAUUAUAAUAUUACCUAAAAUAAAUAAAAAUAUAUUUUCCGUGUUGCU